AUGACCUUAAGGGGUAUGUUCCCGGUUGAGCAAGGGGAUCUUCACAAGCGCUGGAAGUUGAGAUUGGCAGAUUAUAUUGGAUUGCCCUGUCGCAUAGCUCGAGGUUGCAAGUAUUGUGUUGCAGAUCAUAGAUCUUCUUGCCUAGUCAAAAUUAAAGAUGACAAACAGCUCUCAUGGGUGUUUCAGAAAACCUUAAGUUGCAUACAUCAAUGGGUUUUAAGUGAGAAAAGGGCCCGUGAUCAAAGUACUAUUAAUCACUGUUGUUGGCUUGCUUCUUGCACUGGACAAUGUAAAUUUGUUGGGAAAAGAUGCAAGGAUUCAAGUGAAUCAUCUUGUGCAUUAUGUUUUCAAUCCUGCACUGGUGGGUGGCAAUUUGGCCGACACGAUCACUUUUUAGAAUGUUGUUUUAUUGUGGUUCAUGCCGGUCAAUAUCCUCUUGACGUUUAUAAUAGGCUCUGCCUUAGGAUGGAUCCUUAUCAAAUUAACAAGGGCUCCCUAACACUUGGAAGUGUUGAAGAUGCAGUAGUAAGGAGCUUCAAUGUUUGCUGUCAUUUGAAAAGGGCUCAACUGGUAUGCUACAAAGGAUGAAACAAAAAUAACACAUUACUCUUCUUAUCAUACUGUGCUAGAUAAUUCCAUACAUUGCUGAGGUAAUUUUU